CACCACUCUGCCAUCAUGAGGAGAUCCUCAAGACUUUCCAAGCCUGCUGUCGAGGCAGCCAUGGCGGAUGAUGCGGCCACUGAUGACCACGACGAGGUCGUCGCCUCGCCACUACCUGAGGAACCAGAUUCAGAAGAUGACGGAGCGACGACAUCCAAGCCCCCGGCGCGUAAACGACGAAAGACGAAGGCCUCGACAAACGAGAUCAAGGCUCCGAGACCACGCAAGCGCGGGAAACUUUCUGCGCUUCCCGAUAUGCCCAUGGAUAUCCUAUACGAGAUAUUCCGGUCGCUUCAUCCCUCGGACCUUCUUCACCUUGCCCGCACGACGAAGGCUUUCCGCAGUCUGCUGAUGAAUCGGUCAUCGGCCUGGCUAUGGAAAGACGGUUAUGCCGCAUACGCAGAUGACCUCCCCCCCAUCCCGGGCGACUUGACCAUUCCUCAAUUUAUGAGCCUCGCGUACGAUAGGAUAUGCCACUUCUGUAAUGCGCCGAGCGGCGUCACCACCAUCGUCUGGGACGCGCGUGUAAGGACUUGCAAGAAAUGUUUGUGUGACAAGAACGUGUUUGUCACCGAGACGAGCCGCGACCAAAUCUUCAAAAGCCUGGCUGGUGUGCAUGUUAGUAUACCAUACGAUGCAGAAUGCCUCCCGGUCGUCACCGUGCGCACUGGCAAUCGUAGCGUGGAAAGGCUAUAUCCUGCCCAUUUGGUCAAGCAGCUCGCGCAUGAAUACGCAAGCGAUGCUAAGGAUCAAGGCUGGCAGUGGAAAGAGACCUCGGCAUGGUUCAGGGAGAGAUCGAAACAGCACAUGGCCAAGGUGCAGCACGCCAAAUCGUGCGAAAAGUGGCAUGCCGCUCGCGAGAAAGAACGAGGCGACGAGCUCAAGCAAAGUCGGGAUUCCAGACAGGCCGACAUCUUGCGGCGCAUGACUGACCUAGGGUGGGGCGAUGAGAUUCAGAUGCUUGGGGUUGAUAAAUUUGGCAAAUACAAGCACGUCCGCAAGUCGCAGAAGCUGACCGAGAAAAUGUGGCUUCAGAUCAAGGACGAGCUUGUUGAAUAUAUGGAAGAAGUUAAGAGAACGCGGCUUGAGGAGGAGAAACGCGAGACACGGUGGGCCCGAUACCGACUCCUUGUCGAGGUCUACACCGAGUAUCGGGUGGCGCAGCCCCUUGACACGAUCCUGCCAAAUGUCGGUGACAUCGCGAUAAUCGACGAAGUCAGCCACAUCAUCGAGGGCACUCCGUGGGACCAGGAGCUCACCAAGACUGACCUACGCGCCGUUCUCGACGCGAUUCCCAAAUCUUUCUUCGACGACUGGCUUCAUCGGUGUGAGACCGCCCUCGUCCAGGUCCUCAACACGGCGCGGCGCAAGAAGCGCGCGACGAGGGCCGAUCUCAAGCUCGCCGCGACCGCAUUCGGCAUCAAGAACUACAGCCGCGAACUUCACUACCCGUCGCUGCUCGUCGACGACACGAUGACGAAGGUCUACAUGUCGGAGAAGGACAAGCAGAGGGGCGAGGUGCACAUUUUGUGUGGGCACAAGCCGUGGUCGGCCGAGCGCCUCAUACCCUCGUAUCAUUACAUCGCAAAGAAGGUGGUCACGCUGGCGGGAUUGGAUCCCUCCCGUGCGACCGGCGAGGACAUGGACAAACGCGAUCCGUGGUACGUAGACUCAGACGAAAGGAAAUGGAGAAGACUUGCCAGGAGCUGGCGCAACAUGGUAGCAUGCACGGACCGUGGUACUCGCUUUGAGCUUUUGGGAGACGACGAGACCGCGCUUGCGCGUGCGGAGGUCGCCAAGACGAAGGGGAUCCCUAUUUUCCACGGAGACAACGGAGAGAAGGGCAUGUGUGCCCAUUGCGAGAAGUGCUUCGCCAAUUUCAAGGACCUCGAAGCGCAUCUUCGGCAUUCGCAUCAACGCAAGCGCAUCACCAAGAAGGACUUCGUUAUGGGAAUGUUGUAUAACAUCAGAGGCCAUUGUGUCGAGCUGCCAAAGUCAUCUACCACGAAGACGACCAUGUAG